UGGAAAAUUACAAAUUUUUCCCGCCGCUGUUAUCUGCGGCGUCGCGCCGUUAUCGUCGAAACGAACGGUUCUCCCAUGACAAAUCACAAAUAUAAUAUAAUAAUAGGUAUUGGACCUUGGACCAUUGGUCAUGUGUACUGCAGACUGCAUUUACGAUUUGCACGUGUACAAGGAAACUUUAUAAGAAAAGUAAAUUACGUAGAAUACUUUUCCCAUGAGCCAUGGCGGCCAACAAUAAAAAGGGAGCAAUAGUACUUGCGAUUGAUGUAGGAAAAAGUUCCUCACAACUGGAUUCAGAUGGAAAAACAUACUUUGAAAAAUCUAAAUUUUGUGUUUCUAUGAUUUCAAAGAGAAAAAUAUUUGCUGAAAGUAAAGAUUGUUUAGCAUUAAUAUUGUUUGGAUCCUCUCAUACAAAUAACCAUCUUUCACACAAAGGAGGUUAUGACAAUAUAGAAAUAGUUACUAGCUUAGGUACAGUGACAUGGGAUUUAGUUAAACAUAUUAACAGUUUAUCUUCAGCAGAUAUAACACCUUCAAAUUGGCUUAAUACUCUUGUCCUUGCAGCAGAUAUUUUGAAAAAAGAAACUGAAGAAAAAAUAUUUAAGGACCUCCAGAUUGUUAUGUUUUCAAAUCUUGAAGCUGAUGUUUCAUUUGAUAAAUUAAAUAUUAUUGCAAGCUGUUUAAAAACGCAAAAUAUUAAUUUAACCAUAGUAUGUAAAGAUUGUGAAGUUUUAUCACUCAAUCCUAAAUUAAAAACAUUUAUCAUGGAAACUGAGGCAACUGCUGUUAAUUUUGAUUCAGUUCUGCCACAAUUAAGUCAUUAUAAACAAAAAGAAGUAACUCCAAGAGCUUGGAAUAUGCCUUUAAGCUUUGGAAAUAUUUUUAAUAUUAGAGUUUCCGGUUAUAAGAAGAUAGAUGAGUCCGUUAAAAGCUUAAAGUGGUUAUUAUGUAAGAAUUAUGAUACAGAAGAUUCAAUUACAACAAUGAAGAAACGCACUAAAUACUUUUGUAUUGAAAAUGGUGAACAAAUAGAAGUUGAUUGUGAGGAUAUAAUAGAUGGAUUUCGUUUUGGUGAUACAAUUAUACCUGUCUCCAAUUUAGAUACAGAUGCAUAUAGUUAUAAAUCUGGUCCAAGAUGUUUACAAGUAUUGGGGUUUACAAAAGCUAUAAAUAUACAAAGAUCAUUUUUAAUGGACGGAGGAUCAUAUAUUUUUAAACCUCACAAAGAAGAUGUUGUUGCAUUUAAAGCUAUUUUUAAUGCUAUGGUUGAAAGAGAUGAAUUAAUGAUUGUUAGAAAAGUUUAUUUAAAUAAUUGUUUACCAACCAUUUGUGUAAUGUUUCCUCAGAGAGAAGAUACUGAAAAUUAUUUUAUUUGUGUUAAUCUGCCAUUUGCUGAAGAUGAACAUUUAUUUAAACUUCCAUCAUUAAAAUCAUUUAAGCCAAAUUAUGAAGAAAAAAAUGCUGUCCAUAACCUUAUAGAUUCAAUGGACUUAGAUGAAGAUGGAAAUGAAUUGUUCAUGCCAGAAACUACACAUAACCCUGAAUUACAAUAUGUGUAUGAUUGUAUUGCUCAAAAAGCAAUUAAUCCAAACAAAUUAUUAACUAAAACAAUUCCAGAGCCUAUGCAAAGCUUACUUAACCCUCCUAAAAGAAUUAUGGAAAAGAGUAAACAAGCUAUAAAUGAAAUUAUAAAAAUAUUUUCACUUCAACAAGAAAUAUCUAAAAAGUUUUUAGUUGAAGAUAAUAAUAUUUUACAGUUAGAUUGUGAUGAAGAAGCAGACUUUUUAAAAAAAUGUGUAAUUACAGCAUUUAGCCCAAUAGAAGAUUUUAAUAAACUUUUAGAGAACGGAUUAAGUUCUGUGACAGUUUGCGAAAAUAUGAAACGCAUAACUCUAGACUUGAUAGAAUCUAGUACAAGUAUGGAAGACUUAGAGAAACCAGCAUUAAAUUUGAAAGUUUUAAGAGAUUUUUAUAUAAAUAAUAAUGAUAUUAAGUCGUAUAAUAAUUUUAUGUAUCUUGUAAAAGAUGCGGUUCUCAUAUCUGGUAAAGAAGGAAUGUGGUCACAGUUUGUUGAUAGUGGAAUAGGACUUAUUACAAAUCAAGAGAUAGAAAUAAGUGAUAUUUCACAAGAAUUAUCUGAACAAUUUAUGAAACAUGAAGUUUUACAAGAUGUUGCAGCAGAGAUUAUUAUUGAUGAUGACGAUCCACUGAAAGAAUUUUUAUAAAUAUGAACAAGUAUAAUUAUAUUUAUAUUAUUUAUUAUUUACUUACAAUUAAAACAA